UGUGCUGCUGAACAACAACAGCAGCAGCAGCAGCGAACCCCUUCCACACGUGUGAACGCUCUGUUAUUAACGGCGUCUCCGGGUCAGAAACGGAAAGAAACACCCGACACGUGCGUGGGGUCGCGCGAGCCCUGCGCGGCGUGGGGAGGGGCGGAGCGGAGCGGUGCGCUUUAGCGCGUGCGUCGGAGUAAAGCGUGAAGAGCUCGCGCUGCUGCUGCUGCUGCUUUUGUCAUUCACGCGCGUUUUCACUCAAUUCGGAUUUAAUUUCACUUUAUUUCGCUUUUGGAAGGGAAGCGCGCGCGCGUGAGGGAGGGAGGACUCACCGUUUCACUGGAUUCACUCUUCAGAAGAGCUGCUGUGAUGGAUCAGAGGAUUGGAAACCUGUUGCUUGUCCUUAUGAUAACCGUUUGUGCUCAGGCAACAGACGGUGACCGAGAUUUUAUGAUGUGUGGAACGUGGCUGCACAGUGGCCACUCGCUAACGGUGGAUGUUGAUUUAAAGAGUGGAUGUGAGAGGAUCGAUGUCUCAGCCAACGCCAGCACGCUGUCCAUCCGCGGAUCGAUCACAGCUCAGUGCGUUCGCUCUGAGGUUCUGCCUCUGACUACUUCUCAAGGUAACUCCAGUUCCUUCUGUGUGUUCUGGGAGCCACUGCUGGACCAGCUGAUGGUGAAGCUGGAUGGGAAGAACUUCACGCUCUGUAGUGCUCAUGGACUCCAGACCCUCUGCUGCACCCAUCUCUCUCCUGGUCAUCAGAAAUUUUCCUCGCAGUAUGGAAUCGAGAACGGCAGCUUGCACGGGGACCUACUGAGCAGCAAAGUCAUGGCGGAUUACGGGUUUAACGGUGAAAGGAUUGACUGCAAGGAAUUCUUCUGCAACAGGGCAGCUCAGAAAUCCAGAGGAGCGAACAUGCUCGAGGAGGCUGUGAUGAGCUCUGGAGAGGUCGGUUCUGUGUAUCUGCCAUGUGUUCAGAGCACCGUGAUCGAGAUGAAGGAAGAUUUUGGAGGAACUAAUGUCAUUCUGCCUGUUGCGGAUGGUGCAUCACGAGAAACGAUCCCAUCAAUUUACUUACCCGCCUGCCUCAAACCUGAAGAAAGCAAGACAUCCAAAGUGGUGUGUAGCUACUACAAUAACAGCAUGUUUUUCCAGAAAAGUUCUUACAGGAUUUUAGAAGACGUUAUUAGCAUUUCAGUGGAAAACAAGAUCAUCAUAAACCUCCCAGAGCCCAUCAGGAUCACGUUUCAUCACCCGGGACUCAUGAAAUCAGAGAGAACAAAAUGUGUUUCCUGGGAUACAAGAAAAGAUAACGAGGUUACAUGGCGGGAGACGGGUUGCACAACUCGUCACCUCAACGCGAUCGAGACAGAAUGCUGCUGUAAUCACCUGACGUACUUCGCUAUUCUUGUGGAUAUGGACCCUCAGAGAAGCGUGCGCCACCUGGAGGCUCUGACCCUCAUUACAGCGGUGUGCUGUGCCGUGUCCAUCGUCAGCUGUGCGAUUCUCUUCAUAUGGCUGUGCAGACAGAGGAGAUCGAAGAACCAGUCAAGUCUGGUGCACCGUGGUCUGGUAAUGGCUCUGUUCUUCCUCCUUGUGCUCUUCGUCUUCGCUGGCACCGUAGCUAACACUGUGCCCGAAAGUGUGUGUCGCUUCUUCGGUGGCCUUCUGCACUACGCACUUCUCAGCGUCCUCUGCUGGAUGGCUGUGGAAGUGGUUCAAACCUUCUGGAUGCUGUACAUGGUGUUUACUCCGUCACCAAAGACAUGGAUCUGGUACCUGCUGGGAUUCGGUGUUCCAGCUGUGCCGGUUAUUAUUCUGGGAUCCAUUGGAAACGUUUACGGCAAGAAGACGGUGAAGUCUGAUGAAACUGAAUAUCGCAUGUGUUGGAUGACGGACUCUUCCUCGGCUCUGAUCGCUCACUACAUCAUCAACACGGGGCUGCUGCUGAUGGUGGUGAGCUCCGGCCUCGUCAUGCUUCUCCUGGUGUUCAGGAAGAUCCGUCACCGCAAUGAGUGGAGGACGAACUGCAUGACCUUCCUCAGCAUCUGGGGUCUCAGCUGUCUGUUCGGUUCCACCUGGGCUGUCAUUUUCAUUCCUUCUGGAACCUCAGAAACCAGCCUGUUCCUCUUCUGCAUCAUUAACUCGUUACAAGGAUUUUUCCUCAUGUUGCGGGUCUUCGCUCUGGACUGGGUGCAGAGGAAUUCUCAGUCCAGUUCUGAUGUCAGCAGCACCGGAUCCACACGGCAGAACAUGCUACAAAGUCAGGAGAAAAACUAGGAGUGACCUGCUAAAAAAAAAACAGAACAAAAAAAGAAAUGUCGGAGUGUGUUUAGGAGUCAUUUUAAAAACUGCUUUCCGAGACGGGCAUUUAUACAGAUUUAUAUUUCAGCAUUAAACCCUGCAGGUCAGGUCUGGGGCUGUGCACUGAAGAAAAAGGAAGAAAAAAAACCAGACAAAAAAAGGAAAGCUUCAUCAACAUUAAGCUGGAUCUCCGACUGUAUAAACUCUCUACAUUUAUAACGUGUUUUGUAAAAAUCUGUUUGAUCUGUCGUUAGCACUUUAGAUUUCUUCCGUAUUGCUUUGACUACUGUUCAGAAAAACUGUUCAUUUUAGAGAGAAUGAGAAGUAGAUUUUAAGCACAAAGAGGUCCAAAGGGUUUUUUUGUUUGUUUGUUUUUGUUUUUUUGAACAAAAGUUCCUUCUUAUUUAUUAAUUAAAAUCUGGGGGUUAAACCCAACACAAAUCGAACCAUUCUGUUUCUGCAAUGAACCUCGUUUAUCAUUUAUUGCACCGAAUACAAACACAUUUAUUCCGAAUUCAUUCACAGGAGCAUUGAAAAGAUGGUUCACUGGAAAAUUGUUCGUAUCCAACAUUUCUCUCCUCGGUUUGUGUGAAUUUGUGUCUCAGUGACUCACUAAGGUGAUCCUCAACUGCUGAUCGUACCGUUAUCGAUGAGUUCCUUCGAUUUUAUAUUAUAUAUGGGUUACACUUUCACGUCCAGUAUAAAUCACUUAUUUAUUUCAUUUACACACCAUCUCAUCUCAUAUCAUCAUCUGUAGCCGCUUUAUCCUGUUCUACAGGGUCGCAGGCGAGCUGGAUCCUAUCCCAGCUGACUACGGGUGAAAGGCGGGGUUCACCCUGGACAAGUCGCCAGGUCAUCACAGGGCUGACACAUAGACACAGACAACCAUUCACACUCACAUUCACACCUACGCUCAAUUUAGAG